UUAAACUUGAUAACUUGCUGCUUGAUAAAUUCGGCCACAUGAAACUAUCAGAUUUUGGAUUAUGUAAACCGUUAGACUGCACUAAUCUUCAGCAAAAUGAUUUCACUGCUGCAAAGAACUUAAGUGGGGCUCUUCAAAGUGACGGACGCCCUGCUAUACCGAGACGCACUCAACAGGAGCAACUGCAACAUUGGCAGAGAAAUAGGAGGAUGCUGAUUGGAGCUCAUCAAUUCAAGGUUAGCAAUGGGGAUUGCAUAUUCACAGAAAAGUUAAAGUUCUAUGAAGUGAAUGAUAAGGCCUUAGAUGCAAAAUUAAUUAUCUUUAAGAAAAAGAGAAGAAAGAAUUAUUGAUGAAUAAAAUGUCAUAGACAG